UCGGGGUAAGAUUACAACUUAGUAUGAUAGUCUCCCUUCCAUCUGUAUGGCAACAUUUACUCCGACAGUGUGUCCGCAACACACGCGAUGAAGUUGUUUACAACUACCAGGGGUACCAAGCCACAAUUUUUAAACUUUAACAAAGUACUUCACUUGCCUUUAUGCUAAUGAUAAAAUGAUUAUAUAUUGGAAGAUAUUUGCCGCUCUUUUGAUUCUCAAAGCACUAGCAGCUGCCGAUGUGACCACAGCGCCAAUCGGUGAACCUGGAGGAACACCAGAAGCAGAAUGGAGCCCGCCGCCACAUGUUAUUAACGAAGGAGCGACUGCUAUACCAGAGGCCGAAUGGACGCCACCUCCAAACAAUGCCGAUGGAGCGACUGGUACACCAGGCCCAGAAUGGACACCACCGAUGCAUUUGAAUAAAACUGGGAGUCCGCAUGGAAAAAAUUAUACUGCCAGUUACACAAAGCCAAUUACAACUACAGCUACAACUACAACUACAAAGCCAACUACAAUUACAACUACAGCUACAAAACCCUCUGGGCAUUCGAAAACAACAGCGAAACCAUAUACACAAAAUUAUACUGACAGUUACAUGAACUCAACGGGUCCCCCGUUCACAAACUUCACUACACCACCAGAUGGAUCUGCUAUUGCACGAGCAAAUUCGUUUGUAUUAUCCAAUAAGUGGGCAAUAGCAGCAAAUGUCCCCGAUUUCUAUUACUAUUCCUACGAUGGCAACGGUUAUUAUAUUAGUGAUGGAGGAAACGACAUGUACGAUGGUGGAAACCAGGUUUCCUUUCAAUCCGGAGAAACAACACCGACCCAAAUAAGAUAUGGUCAAUAUUACCGUGCCGAAGAUAACUAUGAAGUUAGCAGUUCAACUGGACAUCCUUUCAUCACUCUCAUUUAUGUGAACAACACGUUCUCAACAUACGAUUUUUAUAGUCUGAAGGUUGCCAGUAAUGCGGGUGCCGAUGGAGGAGGCACAGUGGCCUAUUAUAAUAGCAGUGCCUCCGUAUACGGUAUUUACGUAACAAUUUAUGUUGAACAUGUCUACGGUACAGAAGAUCCAUCUAUAUGUCAAGUGUACUUUGCUGCAAGUCAGUCCGGUCCACCAAAAACGUAUCCGAUUCGAGAAACCUCCGACUCUGAUUCCUUGGCGUCCGGUAUCAAAAUUUACAAUUCUCCAAAAGAUGCAUGGAUUGGAUAUAUGUUGCUGUCGAGUCGAGACGGAAGGUAUAUGAGUCAAUACCACGUGUUUACAGCAACGAAAAGGUUGAUCGGCUUACUGUAUGGCAGGAUCGAGUCGCCUCCGUUCAACUUCCCAUAUGCACCAAUAGAAUAUCUCCAUUCCAAUGUUUCCACAACAGCCAUUCCUACGCCUCAUACAACGGCAUACAAUACAUCAAGAAAUGCAUCAAUUCCAGAAAUACCCGUCCACAGUCAACUUCGACAACCAAUCAACCGAAUUGUUGACAGAAUGAGUGAAAUACGAAAUACAAUCUAUGACUUCUACUAUUACAAUUAUGAUGGAAGUACGUAUAUCGGUGAUGGUGGAAACGACAUGUAUGAUAAUGGAAACAUGGUGUUUAUCAAUACCAAUGGAGGAGGGCCGCAGAUUGUCUAUGAUCAAUACUAUUUGAAAGAAUAUGAAUAUGAAUUUGUCAGUUACAAAGGAUGGCCAUUCAUUGCUUUGAUGUAUGUGAACAAUACGAAUUACGCGAAAAAUUCUUUUUCAAUCCGUGUGACAGGUGAUGCCGGUGCGGAUGGACGCGGGAACAAAGUUUAUUUCAAUAGCAGUGCUUCAAUGUAUGGUAUUGCGGUGAAAUAUACCGUUACACAAGUUUAUGGGGCCAGCGAUCCUACAAUAUGUGAAGUGUUCUUUGCUUGUUCGAAGUCGGGUAAUGAAUCGUUAUCCUAUUUUGAACCACGAAGAACAUCGCCUAGCACGAACAAUCUUGAUUCUGGAGUAAGCGUAGGCAAUUAUCCACGUGAUAUAUGGAUCGGAUACAUGUUACUGUCCAGGUCACAAGGGAGAUUCAUAUCUCAAUAUGAAGUGAAUCAAGCAGUGACGACAAUUGUCAGCGCAUUAUUCAACUACAAUUACAUUCCGUUCAAUUUCGCCAUUACUCCCACCGUUAUACCUCAGACGACAACAGCGUAUUACUUCAGGUAUGCUUAUGAGGGAUUUCAAUAUCGUGUAUGCAACAACCAGAAAUAUUAUGCUCAAAACACAACUCAAUGCGGUGGGAUUCGAACCCCAACUCUCGUGAAAGUUACUGUGGAAUUUCCAUCAUUGCUUGGAUACAACAACACUGCUGUCGGAGCCUUUUCAAGUUGCAGUAACGACAGCAAUACAUGUAAUUCUGGAUGCAAUAACACAAAAGAAUUAGUCGGAGAUUUGAAAGUACUUGACUGUCAGACGACAUGCUGUUCUUACAGCUAUUGCAACUCAUUUUAUUCAUACCAUUACGAUUAUAAUUAUUUUCGGAAUUAUGGGAAUUAUACUCCACCAAAUAUCACGUUGCCAGAAUCUCAACUGCCAGAUGCACAAGUGGAAGUUUUGCCGAACUGUGUGUUUAAAACGUUUGCUCCCCAACUAAAGACGUGUGUUGAUCAGAUAUUUGAUGCCUGGCCAUUCGACAGUCCUGGACAAUGCAAAAAUAAAAUAAUGUCUUCAUUCCACUGUACUCUGAAAAAGAUUGGACAAUGUAAGACAUCAGAAUUAUUUUCUUCAGCGAUGAUACAACUUCCUCCAAAUACUAAUCUGAAUAUAUCGCUUAUAUACCUACAGCAAACAAAUAUAUUAGAUUUGCUAUGUAGUGUACCAACAGGAGAUCUUUUCAAUGCCUCGUUCCAUUUCUGGGAUACCGGUCCUUACUCAUACAAUUUUUCAUUCGGACUAAAUCAACUUCCUGCGCCUAUCCACUUUGGAAAUCCAUAUUGUGAUAGAUUUAUUCUCGAUAGCCUUUUGGACUGGGGAAUGGAGUAUUUGCUUGUUCUAAAAUCAUCAACAAGCAGAAAUGAAAUGUGCAGCUCAUUGAAAGGGUUGAUAAAUAAAGUAUUGGAUGCAGUAAAUAGUAGAUGUAAUCUGGAAAUGAUUGCUUCACAUUUUCCUUGUGAUUCAGUUUUGAGAAAUCAAAUUCGUGCGCUCAUUGUUCAAGCCAAGGCGAUGAUACCGAAGAUUGCACCUGACUAUUGUGAGGGAGUGGAACCACCUACCGAGCCUGAGCAUCCAGACGACAUUCCUUUCCUUCCUUCAUGUACUCUUCGUCAAACUAUUAAAGCGGUUUGGAGCUGUGAAAGUAUUUUUACUAAAGAAACUCCAUAUUCUGAUUCAAACAUGUGCAAAAGCAACGUCAAUCGUCUUUUACAUUGCGUUGCAAAUCGACUUCAAGAAUGCGCUAAGGGAGAUGGAGUAAAUGUAUUUGAUACCUUAAGUCCGUAUACGCGUUUUGAGGACAUAAUCAAAGGCAUUAGAUUUCUUGCAACACCUCGUCGUAAUGAUGGUUUUUAUUACGGUAACUAUGGCAAUUAUGGUUAUCACGGAGCCAGACCUUCUCCCAACUUUAACGAUAUGAUAUGCAGCGGUGGCCCGAUAUCUGCAUCUUCGAUUGAGUACUACAUGAGAAAUUUCGUAGGAAUUUGUAGACCGAACAGUACCUAUGGUAUUGCCAAAAAAAUAGUUCAAGCAUACUACAACUUUUUGGGAGCUAGAAACGCAGCAGACGUUUGUAUGGCGUUCCGUUCUGCUAGAGAUACGAUCGUUGACGUAUUCCAAAAUCAAUGUGAUAUCACUUUCAUCAAGUAUUUUCUUCCUGUAACUUCUCCGCUUCGCCGUGCUUUUGAUAUCGGGGUGAACAUUAUUUUGAAAGUGCUUCCAACCUUGGAAAUAUCUGUAUGUCCAAAAGCGCUACCGCCAAGUGGAAAUGAGACAUCUACAGCGACAAAAUGGUUGAAAAUGUACGCAAAAUGGAGAUCUUACACUUUGCCUAAAUGGCAAGCUGGCUUUGACAAAUGGAGAUCCGAAACUGGUCAAGGAGAGACAAUAGAACUUCCAAAAUGCCUUGAUUUCACUGGAAUCCGUUGCAGAAAUCCUGCCAUGAUGACCUGCGAGAGCGAUUAUUUCGGAUGUGGAUUUUGUUCUUGUUUGGAUCACAAAUAUCUAGGACUCACAAGUCAGUUCAUGCAGCCGUAUAUACAGGACUAUGAAAUUUGGGAAGAUUUCCAGUCACAGUGGGACGACGGUUACACUGACUGGGAGGACAACAAUUACUAGAAGAUGAACCAUGCUCGCACAUCGAUAUUUUAUGUGAUUGGCAUUGAAAGAUUAAUUAGUGACUUUUGACUUCAUAAAUUGUAAUCAUGAUUUUUCUUCAAGUAACAAAAAGUAUUUAGUAACUAAUAAGACAUAUUUGUAGAAGGGUAUUAAUGUGCUAAGCUAUUAACAAAAUCACUUUAGAGAAUGCUACGAACAUUUAUGAACUACGACAUCGAUAUGCGAUCAUUGUUUUCUGAAAUGUUUUGCCAGUGAAAUUAUGACACAUCCCUGUACAUUCCACUCUGCCUUACUGUAAAUCAUUUCAACAGUUGCCUUUGUGUGUACGCACAAAUGUUUGUACUUGCAGUAUGUUUAAUAGUGCCUUCAAUCUUCAAAUAUUUAGCCAAAAAUUUGCACUUUGUAGAUAAUCCAUUUCUUCAAAUAUACCGCUGUGAGAUGCGCACGCGACUGAGUAGUUUAGUAAAAGACGAUUCGGUUUGUAGUUUGCCCGAUUACGUUUUCCUCUUCAUUUUCGUGGGUAAAUUUGAAAAUACAUUAUAAGCUGCAAA